AUGGCGACUACGGCUACGGACAAAGGAACCGUAACGCUGGCCGAGGUUGAUGCUGAACUGGCUUCGAUGUACGACUGCUGCGUCGCUGACGGACUCGGCGACCUCGAGAUCCGCAAUGCUGCCCGAGCCUUCAUGACUGAGGACCACGCAAGGAACAAGCUGCGUUGGUUCAGCAAGCUAGCGAUCAUCAGCGGCUUUGGAGCUUUCCUGUGCAGCAGAGACGUCGUUACCAGGAAGAUGUGCAUGUAUGGAAGGCUCGCGCUGAUUGCCAUUCUGCCAUAUUGGGAUUGGACCCAGUACCACUAUGCCUCGUGCCUCAUCGAAAAUCCCCUGUACAAGAGCAGAACACUAAGCGUUGCUGAUUGCCAGGUUUGCGAGGACCUGAGCCGGGUACCGCGCGCCGACGACUUGGACAGGCGGAGCUUGCUCGAGAGCUACGUGGAGAACCUAGUCCCCGUCCUGGUCACGGAGACCCUGAGGGGCUGGCCCGUGCUCGAGAAGUCCUUUACUCUGAGCAACAUCACGCAGGGGUAUCUAGAAGACAGAGCGCUCCAAGACGCGGCCAUCUGCAACUUCCGAAGCAACCUGCGCCAGUGGGGAUUCGACAGCUUCCUCCGCAGGUACAGCGGCCUGAGCGGCUGGUUUGCCCACUGGGAGAACUGCGACCACGUGGGGCAGAAGCACCUGCGCCAGUUCUACCGACGUCCGGAGUUCCUGCCGCUGGCCGUCGAGCUGACACGAGCCAACUGGGUGAUCGCCUCCAGCGGCUUCGCAGGGAGGCGCUUCAAGCCGCUGGACUUUGAGACCGGCAGCACGCUGGUCUGGCUGGCCCAGGUAAAGGGACACAACUAUGUCAGACUGCUCCCCGAACCCGUCUGCGCCCAGCAGUGCCAGGAUCUAGACCUGGUGCUCGAGACCAGAGACAUUCUAUUGCUGAACACGAAGCUGUGGAAGGUGGAAUACCUCCCAGGGGAAGACACCGACAACCUGGCCUUUGCUGCCGGCGGUUUCAUUCCCUUCUAA